GCUUGGGGCGAAACCCCGGCUCCCGCACUUUCGGAUCUGCUUGGCAGGCGUUUCUGUGGCUGUGGUCGCCCGGGGGUAAGGCGAUUCGGGACCCUCCUUCCCUUCUUCCUCUUUGGCAUGCAAGGGCCCAGGCCCCUUCUGUGCCUCCUCCUGGCCCAACACGCAGGUUCCAGGCUCUACUCACGGCCUCCCGGGGUGUCUGGUGGGACUGAAAAUCCUCCUUCAGUGAAAUCCUAGCCUCUCGAUCCGCGCCGAGCCCCAGAGUAGGGCGUGAAGCCUCUGGGGAGGCCAGGGUCGCUGCUCCCCACCUCCUCCAACGCUGUGCAGUCGGUCCCCGGGACUCUACGGGAAGGGGACUGGUGGCCCCUGCAGCCACCCUGCCUUACAGGCCCUCCUCCCCGAAGAGGUACUCCAGAGAUCUCUAGCCCUCUUGCAGCUGAGAGGAGCCCAGGAUCUCAGAUUUGAACCAGGCCGACUGAGCUCUCCUACGAUAAAAAAAAAAAGAAAAGAGUUGAAAUGCAUGGAGAUUCCUGAUCCAAGAGUCGUGUGUGACUGCUCGCAUUUCCACAGCCUCACUUCCUUAGGCUUGAGCUUGCUGGAAUUGUGGCGGGGCUCCUUGCCGAUCUCAAGAGCCUAAAGCCAGAGGGACCCCCAGUCAGUGCUCACUGAACGUUGUUCUUCUCUCAGCAGUGAACAAUACCCCUGAGCAAUGGGUGAGACAUUCUCCCAGCUGGGCUCCCGGGAGGAUGAGGACAAGUCGAUCCUGCCCUCCGCCCCAGCCUUUGGCAGCAAGGCUGCCAGCUACUCCAGCACCACCAGCAGCAAGGCUUUUUGUUCCUGUGUGCCUUGUGAAAGGGCUGCCGGUGUCAGCUUUGUGACUUGUCCCACGUGCCAGGGCAGUGGGGAGAUCCCUCGAGAAGUAGAGAAGCAGCUGGUGGCCCUCAUCCCCUAUGGGGACCAGAGGCUGAAGCCCAGGCACACGAAGCUCUCCGUGUUCCUGGCAGUGUUCAUCUGCCUGGUGACCUCCUCCCUCAUCGUCUUUUUCCUGUUUCCCCGGACUAUCGCCGUGCAGCCUGUAGGCCUCAACUCCUCCACGGUGACUGUUGGCGAGGCCGCUAUCCACCUCAAUAUAACGAAUAUCGUGAGCAUCUCCAAUAACAACUACUACCCCAUCGCUGUGACCCAGCUGACCAUUGAGGUGCUGCACCUGUCCCUCGUGGUGGGGCAGGUCUCCGACAGCCUCCUCCUCCACAUCGGCCCUUUGGCCAGUGAGCAGCAAGAUCUGUACCUGGCUGAAAAUCAAAGUCCACCACGUGCUUCUGCACAUCCAGGGCACCCUGACCUGUUCCUACCUGAGCCAUUCAGAGCAACUGGUCUUCCAGAGCUACGAAUAUGUGGACUGCCGGGGAAACGCAUCCAAGCCCCACUUGGUGGUCCCUCGCCCACCGUGACCUGUCUGCUGUCGUCGAGCUCCGGGCACCUGCCGGCCUGGUCUGUAUCUCCCACCACUCCAUGGCACCCAAUAGGACGAGAGUGACUUUGCCAGAGGAAAAACCGUGCUUUAUCAUACCCUCCCCCUGUUCACCCCCAGCAGAGGAAGCUUUCUGUGGACGUCAACUUCAUACACGCACGUGCACGCACACACGCACACACACACACACACACACACACACACACACACCCUCACCCCCUCACCCCCUCUCUGAUUUCCACGGGAACGGAAGCUUGGUUCUUCUAGAGGCCAGCACCACAUAUUCCCCUUGGUCUGUCUUGAGGAAAGUCUGACCUGACAUUUCCUCAGAGCCGCCUCAGCGGCAUGGAGUGGCACCCACACUGUCUGUGCUGAGCAGCUUGGUUGCCCAGCUCAUCCAGGGAAGACCUUGGUCCUUCCUGAAUGUGGAGAAAGCUUUCAUUUUGUCUGGCUUUUAAUACAUGGAUCCUUUCCAAGUUCUCCACCUGGUAAUGAGAAAGUGACUUGGGGGACAGCCAGUGUUGUCCCCAGGGCCUUUUAGGGAACCGCAGGUGCUCUCCUAUGCCGCCCUGCUUUGGUCCUGUGACAGGGUGAUGGUGAUGGCCUGCUUCUCGCCUGGUAACUUGCGCCCACACCCCACCCAUCUGACAGCAAGAUCGGCCAAGGCCCUUUGGCUCUGCGGCCUUCCUGGUUAAAGACUGUCUGGGUCCCCAGGAAGUCGAAGCUGUUCUGCAGCCCAAGCUUCUCCUCUCCCGAAAACAGUUUUAUCAUUCUCUUCGGAGCAGGAACCAAAGUAGGAGGGGAGGGGAGGGAGGAACCAGGUACCCCCUGGGCCUGCACAGGAAAAACAGACAAAGCCAGAGUCAUUUUAAAAGGUUUUUAUUGAAGGAGGCCACACGCCUGAGCCCACGUGAGGGGACACAGGCAGGUCAAACGGUGGGUGCAGCUGCUCUCCCGCUGAAAACCUGCAGAGGUGAGGCCGAACCGCUGGGUUCCGCUGCACCCCAGCCUAGUCCCAGGACACCCUCUGCUCCCAGAGGCCUCUCCUCUCCUUUGGGCACUGACAGUAUGGAGCCGCCUAUCAGUGGGGACCGGUCUAGGCUGUCCCCUCUUUGCUGUCACUCAGAUGACGAGAAGCCCCUGGCAGCCCCCAGGUUCUUUAGCCGAGCGGGAAUUGCGUUUGCUCACCAAAGGCGGUUACGGGGUUUCCAUCACUCAGGCAGGCAGAGAGGUGAGCCUGAGUGGCAGGGAAAGCCGAGUUUGCAGCAGGAAGGGCGGAGAAGGGGAAGUGGGGCCAGAACCUGGUGGGGAGCCGGCCGGGGGGGAUGAGG